UCAAAGUUGAAUUGCUUUUCAAUCAAGUCAUGCAUCCAACAACAGUACAGAAAUAUUCCUCCUUUACAAGGAUUCUGGGUAAUCCAAGAUGGAGAACGGAAAAAAUUGUGGCUGUGAGAGCUUUUUUUUGAGGUACUGUGAGACCAGAUUUAAGGAGAGACAGAAUCUGAAUAGCAAGUCCAUUGAUCUCCGAAAAACCAGAAAGAUUUAAACAAACACCCUCCACAAACAAAAGUCGUCAGCAACUUCAAAGGGAACGAGUGUUACAUCAGUUGCAUAGUCGCAGAUCAAUGGAGCAUAAUCAAAUUGAUCCAGGUCAACAAUUUUCCAGACUGAAAAUGAGACCACCCGAAACUGCAGAGCCUUCAUCAUCCAAACUAGAACCAAAGGAGGCUCAGAAUGAAAGUGAAAAACAAAGUGAAACUAGAGUAAGCCAUCAGAUGGACACAAACAGAGCCAAAGCAUCAUCAACAUUCCAAGACUACUCAGUCCAAGACUUGUCAACAGAACAGAUGAAAGGGGUGGAAUUGCGCGAGAGAUCAAGGCUGGAACAACUGCAGCUAGAGCAGCGAUUAAUGGAAGAGAAGAAUAAACGCAAGAAAGCUCUUCUCUCAAAGGCCGUUGCAGAAAGGUCAAAGCGAACCAUGGAAGAAACUGUGAAACUGAAGCAAAUCCAAAAGGAACUUCAGACCUUGGAUAGCUUGUUAUCAAAUGAUGUUAACAUCUUACGGAAUCGUAUUGAAAAGACCAGCUUGGAAUAUUAUCAGGCUAAAAAGAGGUAUGAUCAGGCAGAAGUGGAAUAUGUUGCAGCAAAACUAGAUCUGUACAAGAAGAAUGAAUUGAAGGAACAACUGACUGAGCAUCUGUGCACAAUAAUUCAACAGAAUGAAUUACGCAAAGCUAAUAAACUGGAGGAGCUGAUGCAGCAAUUGGAGAUGGAGACCGAUGAGGAACGGCUGGAACUGGAGAUUGAAGUGGACAGUUUAUUAAAGCAGCAGGCAAUGUUCCAGGGAACUGAUCAGGUUAAUACAAGUGAUGAGUCAGCACAGCAAGCUGUUCAAGCAGACCAACUGAAUCAUGUGGUUAAACAGGUUGAAGAAAAACAGAUCUCAGGUGAAAAGGUUUCAAAGGACCAAAAUAAAUCUCAGUCAGAGAACAUAAACCAUAGAAUAUCAGAGAAGAUUGCAAAUUGAGUGUGUAUAUUUGUGCUUCAGAAAUGGAUUGAGAUGAAAUUGAGUUUUGUUUUCACAAUAUAAAAUCAUUUGUGUUCCUAAACUUAAUCCAUAUUACCAAUUAUUUUUGGAAAAAAACCAAAUAUUUGAGGCUUUUGUAUUUUUCUUAUGGAGUAUUUAUGGCUCAGCCAGUAAUUAUUACCUAUCCCUAAUUAACCUUGAGAAGGUGUGGAGAGCUGCCCUCUUGAAGAGCUGCGGUCCAUGUGUCGGUACACCAGUACUGUCAGUAAAGGAGUUUCAGGAUUUUGACCCAACAACAAUGAAGGAAUAAUGAUGUAGUUCCCUGUCAGGAAGAUAUGUGGUUUGUAGGGAAAAUUGCAGAUGGUUUUCCCAUCUAUCUGUUGCCCUUGGCCUUCUAGGGGUGGUAAGUUCACAGGUUUCGAAGGUGCUGUCAAAGGGAUCUUCUGAAUUGUUGCAGUGCAUCUUGUAGGUGGUAUACAUUCCUGCUAUUUUGCAUUACAGUAGAUUUCUUUCUUUUGG